GCAGGAGGGACAACGCAGCGAGCUUUUUGUCUGCUGGAGGAACACAUUUCCUGCAUCACUUCAUGCUCUUGGCCUUUUUGCUCCCCAGCAGUCUGCAGCACCCAUAACGCUGUCUUCAUCACAAUCAAACACAUAAUCUUCUUUUUCUCCUUCUUAGGUUAGCAAAUUCCUACCCUUUUCAUCUAUUAUUUCAACAAUUUCUGUAUUUUUCCACUAUUUUUUUCCCCUAAUUUUGAUCACUGCAAGUGUUAGGGUUUCCAGUAUCUCCGUAUUCAAUCCUUAGCAGAUCGGAUUUUUUUGUUUCUGGGUUUUCCUUUUUUUUUUUUUUUAUUUGGUUCAGGAGUCUCCCUAUUGAGACUGCGACGUGUGGGGGUUAGACUAUGGGGGGAGGUGAUCCUGAUGCUUCUGCUGCUGCUGCUGCGGCGAGUGUUGCUGAUGAGGAGGUUAGUGAAUCCAGCGCCAGUGAGGCCGUCACCGUUAACAUUAGAUCCUCCAACGGCUCUAAAUUCUCCGUCAAGAUCAGCCUCGAUUCCACCGUCGGUUCUUUUAAGGCCGUUAUCGCCCAAAACUCCGAUGUUCCAGCUGAUCAACAGCGCUUGAUUUACAAAGGCCGGAUCUUGAAGGACGAUCAAACUCUUCAAAGCUAUGGCUUGGAAGCUGAUCAUACAGUUCACUUGGUCCGAAGUUUUGCACCUACAACGGCAAACUCUGCUGGAGGGACCAAUCCUGUAGCUCCUAGUACUACUCAAAGUAAUACAAGGUCUGUUGGUUCAGCUGAAACUGGGGCACUUGGUGGGUCUGGUUUAGGAGCUUCAUUGUUUCCUGGACUUGGUUUAGGUGGCUUAGGUGGCAACAGUGGUUUAUUUGGAGCUGGGCUACCAGAGUUUGAGCAAAUGCAACAGCAAUUGACUCGUAACCCAAACAUAAUGAGAGAAAUAAUGAACAUGCCUGCUGUUCAGAAUUUAAUGAAUAACCCAGAAAUAAUGCGAAACUUGAUUUUGAAUAGUCCUCAAAUGCGGGAAAUCAUUGAUCGAAAUCCUGAGCUUGCACACAUACUUAACGAUCCAAGCACCCUUCGACAGACACUUGAAGCAGCAAGAAACCCUGAGCUUAUGCGUGAAAUGAUGCGUAACACUGACCGAGCAAUGAGUAACAUAGAAUCAUCUCCUGAGGGUUUCAACAUGCUUAGGCGGAUGUAUGAAAAUGUCCAAGAACCUUUCCUAAACGCGACUAUGAAUGCUGGGAAUACUGGAAGUGAUAGCUCAAACCCAUUAGCAGCUCUUCUUGGGGUGCAAGGUAGAACCCAAGCUAGAGAUGGAACAACCAAUCAGUCUACCACUAAUUCUGAAACUACCACCAGUCCUCCUGUACCCAAUACAAACCCACUUCCAAACCCUUGGUCACCUGCUGCCACUGGAGGUGCCCAAGCAAACACAGCAAGAUCAAAUCCUGUUGGGGAUGCCAGGCCACAGGCACCUGUUGGGUUAGGUGGCCUUGGUCUCCCAGAGUUUGAAAGCAUGUUGGGGGCCACGCAAGAUACCAAUUUACUGAAUCAUAUGAUGCAAAACCCAGCCAUUACACAAAUGAUGCAAAGCCUUCUUUCUAACCCUCAAUACCUAAACCAGGUUCUUGGUUUCAAUCCUCAACUUCGGAGCAUGCUUGAUUCUAAUCCUCAACUGAGAGAAAUGAUGCAAAAUCCAGAAUUUCUUCGUCAGUUGACAUCUCCGGAGUUAAUGCAGCAACUAUUGACUUUGCAGCAAUCUCUUAUGUCUCAGCUUGGUCGGCAGCAGUCAACUCAGGAACCUUCUCAGACUGAUAGGGGCACAGCUAACAACUCGGGGUUAGAGAUGUUGAUGAACAUGUUUGGUGGACUUGGCACUGGUAGCCUUGCUGCUCCUAGAUCUGAUGUACCACCAGAGCAACUAUAUGCCACCCAAUUGACACAGCUUCAAGAAAUGGGUUUCCUUGACACCCAAGAGAACAUUCAGGCAUUAAUCGCCACUGCAGGAAAUGUCCACGCUGCAAUAGAGCGUCUUUUGGGAAAUAUUUAGUUGUUCGUUAGAAAUAUGUUUUCCCAAAAUUUCAGUUUGGACAAGAGUUACAUCGGAGUCCCUUUUUUCUUGUACGAAUAAGCUAUAGGAUUAUGAUGGUAUAAGGCUGCAAAUUUGUUGGUCUACUCUCUCUUGCUAGAGAGGUCAGUCAGGCGAGAGUUUCUUGUACAUACAAUUACCAUUUCAGAUUUCUCAUAUGAAUCAUUUGUUAAAUUUUCUGGAACUAAUGACGUCUCCUGAGUCAACACCAUUUAGAUGAAUCAACAAUAUGUUACUCUCAGCAACUUUAAUAUCUUGUUAUCUGUAUCCAUUGUAAUAUCAGGUUUUUUUUAAUGUAGGUGGAAGAGAGGAGAAGAUGAUUCUUGGCCUCAGAUGGUGCCCCCAAAGUGAGGAGAAAAGGCGAAAUGGAUGCGCUGUCUUUCAUUGAUCCUGCCUGUUACGUAUGUGGGAAAUACUUUCAACCUGUGUUUUUUUUACCCAGGAAAAAAAAAAUCAGGCUUAUUCCUAAAUCCCAAUGAAAAAGAACUAGUGGUACUUAUUCUGCUAUGCAGGGAAUUUUGUCUUAAAU